AUGAGGCCCGCCGCACUUUUCCUGUUUGCUGCUGUCGCGGCUUGCUCGCCAACUGUCUAUUUGAUUCGUCACGGCGAAAAGCCGGACGAUGAUGAUAUUACUGGACUGAGCACCGAAGGAAAGGAGCGAGCGCAGUGUCUUCGAAGCGUGUUUGGCGCAAGCUCUUCGUACAAUAUCGGGUACAUCAUGGCUCAGGCAUACAAAUCUGAUGGGUCGAGGCAACGCCCUUACGAUACUAUCCUGCCUCUUGCUAAGGAUCUCGGUCUCACCGUCGACACAUCUUGCGAUCGGGACGACAGCGACUGUGUUGUAGAUGCCGUGAACGACUACUCCGGAAGUGGCAACAUUCUGAUUUGCUGGGAACAUAAGCGCCUGAACAACAUUGCGGAGGAACUGGGUGCCGACGAUGUGGAUAACUACCCCAGUGGCAGAUUUGAUAUUAUCUGGACAGAUCCAUAUCCUUACGCGGAGGUUACAUCGACCACCUCAGAGAAUUGCCCUGGUCUGGAUAAUUAG